UGGAUCCACAUGUGGAAGUUAUGGCAGGCCCUUCAGUUUAUAACUUCACCAUGGAGUCACUGGAAGGGAAACCUGUUUCUCUUGGGGUUUACAGAGGGAAAGUUCUUCUCAUCGUCAACGUGGCCACCUUCUGAGGCUCCACUGUCAAGGAGUACCACAAGCUGAAUGCACUCAUGGACAGGUUCAGUGGUGAGAACUUCACCAUUCUGGGAUUCUCAUGCAAUCAGUUUGGACUACAGGCACCAGAGAAGAAUCACGAAACCCUGGACGUCCUGCGCUGUGUCAGACCUGGCGGCGGUUUCACCCCAAACUUCCCCAUGUUCAGUAAAAUCGAGGUUAAUGGGCUGAAUGAGGAGCCACUGUACUCCUUCCUGAAGGAGUCUCUUCCUUCUGUGAACCCUGUUAUUGGAGACAUCAAGAAACUCUACUGGUCUCCGAUUAAAGUCAACGACAUCCGCUGGAACUUUGAGAAGUUUCUUAUCACUGCUGAUGGGUUGCCAUUUAAGCGCUAUGACCCCAGUCUCCCUUUUGAAGAGGUGGAGAGAGACGUAGCUGCACUCCUUUAACUCCUCGAGCUGUUCUGUCUACUCCUCAGCUGAUCUCAGAUCAGCUCAGUGCAGGGUUUCAUUAUGACUUGUAUAAUAUACUGUAAAAAUCUCACUGACCACAGAACAGAACAGGUCCAUAUAGAUAUAAACCCUGAUGAUAUGCAAGUACAUU